AUGACACCACACAUUGGAUCACCUGGCGUUUUUCCACGACAUGGCCUGGCUCUGGAGCCCAGUUCUACUUCGCCGGCUCCAGAGAUCAUGCGCUUCGAGGUUGGCCCCGUGGCUGUAGAGGUGACGGUGAGCACCCGCGUCAUCGGCCUGAUUCCGGACAAUUGGCCACCGAACCCCGUCUUUGUGGCCGCAGUAGUACCUGGAAGUUUGGUGGAGGCCCAGGGCGUGCUGCCCGGAGACGAGCUCCGUGCUGUGAACGGCUUCGCGGUGAAGUCGCUGCAGGAGGAGCAGCUGGCGAUGGAGCUCAGGAAGAGGCCGGCUUUCCUGACCUUUCAACGGGGCGCAGUAGGCUUCGCUAGCGGGGCACGUCCGGCCGCGACGAGUCCGACGCCGGGACCGCUGAAGAUCUUAGAUCUGACCUUUGGACCGCAGCAGGGCAUGUUGGGCUUAGUGCCUGAAACCUGGCCUCCCGGCCCCGUCAUCCUGGGGGAUGUGGUACCUGGCAGUGCCUCUGACCUUGGUGGAGCCGAAGCAGGCGACGUGAUUUUGCUCGUGAACGACUUGCAGGCAGCGUUGCUUGAAGCUGAAGAACUGUCACAACUGCUGCGACAGCGACCACUGAAAGUGAGGUUCCUGCGGGGUGCUUCCGCAGCUGCCACCGUGAAGGAGUUGCUGUUGCAGGCACUGGCGGGACCUGAGGAGCUUUGGCAUCCGCGGCAUCCGACACCGGAGAUGCCGGAGUAUCUCGGGACCUGGGUGACCGAUGGGUGA